GGCACCUGCGCAGAAAGGUGCGUUAAGAUGGCGGCUGCUGGAGUCGACCGCUGCGCGGCGAUGGUGGUGUUUCUCUGAGAUGAAAUACAUAAAACCUUUUAUUUCAGAAAUUCCAGGGAAUUAUAACUGGAACUACUCUGUUAUGUCUCUAUUUGAAAGGCAAAAUGAAGAUGGACAAAAUGAAGAACAAGAGAGAUAUCUGCAAGCUAAUAACAGAGAAUUUAACAAUCUAUUUGGCUAUCCGAACAAUAGCAUCAAGACCUCAAAAUAUAAUGCCUUUAACUUCCUGCCUAUGAACCUGUUUGAACAGUUCCAGAGACUUGCAAAUGCAUAUUUCCUCUUUUUGCUUUUCCUACAGUUGAUUCCCCAGAUCGCCUCCUUAGCCUGGUACACGACUGUGAUGCCCUUGAUGGUGGUGCUGUCCAUAACAGCAGUGAAAGAUGCCAUCGAUGACUUGAAAAGGCACCACAAUGACAAUCAAGUGAACAAUCGUUCUGUUAUGGUGCUGAUGAAUGGCAGGAUGGUGACAGAGAAAUGGAUGGAUAUCCAAGUGGGAGAUAUAAUAAAACUGGAAAAUAACCAGGCUGUCACGGCUGAUAUACUAUUACUGUCUAGCAGUGAGCCCUACAGUCUGACAUAUAUAGAAACAGCAGAACUGGAUGGUGAAACCAACCUGAAAGUGAAGCAGGCCAUCUCAGUUACCAGUGAAAUGGAAGAUAACCUGAAGCUGCUGUCUGCUUUUGAUGGAGAAGUGAGGUGUGAGUCUCCCAAUAACAAGUUGGACAGAUUCACAGGAGUACUGACUUAUCGGGGGGAAGACUACAUCCUGGACCAUGACAGGCUGAUUCUCCGAGGCUGUGUCAUCAGGAAUACAGAUUGGUGCUAUGGCUUGGUGAUUUUUACUGGGCCAGACACCAAAUUAAUGCAGAACAGUGGAAAGUCCACCUUUAAACGGACACACAUAGACCAUCUCAUGAAUGUCCUUGUGCUCUGGAUUUUCCUGUUUUUAGGCAGCAUGUGUUUUAUCCUAGCCAUUGGACAUUGCAUUUGGGAGAAUAAGAAAGGCUACUACUUCCAGGAUUUUCUGCCAUGGAAAGAAUAUGUCUCUUCCUCAGUUGUCUCUGCCACUCUCAUAUUCUGGUCUUACUUCAUUAUCCUCAACACCAUGGUGCCCAUUUCCCUCUACGUCAGUGUUGAGAUAAUAAGAUUGGGCAACAGUUUUUAUAUCAACUGGGAUCAGAAGAUGUUUUACGAACCAAAGAACACUCCAGCACGGGCUCGCACCACCACUCUGAAUGAGGAGCUCGGCCAGGUCACAUAUGUGUUCUCCGACAAAACAGGGACCUUGACUCAGAACAUCAUGAUUUUCAACAAGUGUUCUAUUAAUGGGAAAUUCUAUGGUGAUGUCUAUGACAAGAAUGGACAGAGGGUAGACGUCUCGGAGAAAACAGAAAAGGUCGACUUCUCCUACAACAAACUGGCUGAUCCUAAGUUUUCAUUUUAUGACAAGACUUUAGUGGAAGCAGUGAAAAGGGGAGAUCGCUGGGUACACUUGUUUUUCCUCUCACUCUCAUUGUGUCAUACUGUGAUACCAGAAGAGAAGGUAGAAGGUGAGCUGGUUUACCAGGCUCAGUCCCCAGAUGAAGGUGCCCUGGUCACUGCUGCCAGGAACUUUGGCUUUGUGUUCCGUUCCCGUACAUCUGAGACAAUCAUGGUAGUUGAAAUGGGGGAAACCAAAAUCUACCAACUACUGGCUAUUUUGGACUUCAGCAAUGUGCGCAAGAGGAUGUCCGUUAUUGUGAGGACACCUGAAGAUCGUGUAAUGUUGUUCUGCAAGGGCGCAGACACCAUCCUCUGUCAGCUACUUCAUCCAUCCUGUAGAUCCCUCAAAGAAGUGACCAUGGAUCAUUUAGAUGAUUUUGCCAGUGACGGCCUUCGUACCCUCAUGGUGGCCUACCGAGAACUGGACAAUGCAUUCUUCCAGAACUGGAGCCUGAAACACAAUGAAGCCUACCUGUCUUUGGAGGAUCGGGAAAAUAAAAUAUCACUUGUCUAUGAAGAGAUUGAAAAAGACUUGAUGCUAUUAGGGGCCACAGCCAUAGAAGACAAGCUGCAGGAUGGAGUACCUGAGACGAUCUUCACACUGAAUAAAGCCAAAAUUAAAGUGUGGGUUUUAACUGGAGAUAAGCAAGAGACUGCGGUGAAUAUUGCCUAUGCCUGUAACAUAUUUCACGAUGAAAUGGAUGGGAUAUUUAUCGUGGAGGGCAAGGAUAAUGAAACUGUCCAGCAAGAACUCAGGUCAGCAAGGGACCAAAUGAAACCUGGCUGUCUACUGGAAUCAGACCCAAUAAACAGUUACCUAGCCACAAAGCCGAAAAUGCCUUUCAGAAUACCUGAGGAGGUGCCCAAUGGCACCUAUGGCUUGGUCAUCAGUGGCUACAGUCUGGCCCACGCUCUAGAAGGGAACCUACAGCUGGAUCUGCUGCGAACGGCAUGCAUGUGCAAGGGGGUGAUCUGUUGUCGAAUGACACCCCUUCAGAAGGCCCAGGUGGUAGAGCUGGUGAAGAGGUACAAGAAGGUGGUGACUCUGGCCAUCGGGGAUGGGGCCAAUGACGUCAGCAUGAUCAAAGCUGCCCACAUCGGAGUCGGCAUCAGUGGCCAGGAGGGAAUGCAGGCCAUGCUCAACAGUGACUACGCCUUCUCCCAGUUCCACUAUCUGCAGCGGCUACUCUUCAUCCAUGGCCGCUGGUCCUAUAACCGCAUGUGCAAGUUUCUCAGCUACUUCUUUUACAAAAACUUUGCCUUCACUCUGGUGCACUUCUGGUAUGCCUUCUACAGCGGGUUCUCUGCACAGACAGUUUAUGAUACCUGGUUUAUCACUUUCUACAACCUGGUCUACACCUCCCUCCCUGUCCUGGGCUUGAGUCUCUUUGACCAGGAUGUGAAUGAAACAUGGAGCUUACGUUUCCCAGAGCUGUAUGAGCCAGGCCAGCACAACCUCUAUUUCAACAAGAAGGAAUUUGUGAAGUGCUUAGUGCAUGGGAUCUACAGUUCCUUAGUGCUGUUCUUUAUCCCUAUGGGAGCCAUUUACAAUUCAGUGCGCAGUGAUGGGAAGGAAAUCUCCGACUACCAGUCCUUCUCCGUGAUUGUGCAGACCUCCUUGCUCUGUGCGGUCACAGCACAGAUUGCCCUGGAGACAACCUACUGGACAAUGAUAAGCCACAUCUUUACCUGGGGUAGUCUGGGUUUCUACUUUUGCAUCUUAUUCUUCCUGUACAGUGAUGGUUUAUGCCUAAUGUUCCCCAACGUCUUCCAGUUCCUAGGUGUGGCCAGGAAUACUCUGAACCUGCCGCAAAUGUGGCUGAGUGUUAUCCUCAGCAUGGUCCUCUGUAUCUUGCCUGUGAUUGGGUACCAAUUUCUCAAACCACUAUUCUGGCCCGUCAGCGUGGACAAGAUUAUUGACAGAAUUCAUCAUUGCAUGAGACAUCCACUGCCACCCCCGAUCCGGACCAAACUGAAACAUCCAAGUUCUCGGCGUUCUGCCUAUGCAUUCUCCCACAAACAGGGCUUUGGGGCCCUCAUCACUUCUGGCAAGACACUGAAGACCAAGUUGCCCAAGAAAAAGUAGACGCCUUUAGGGAAACCUCAAAGGAGUCAUUGCUCUUCCUCCCUUGUAUUCACACAAUUUAGUAAGGAGAGAUUAGAGUCCCUGGAAAUCUGGGGUAUAAAUCUGCUCUUCCAUUCUCACUCCAGGGGCUCAGCCUCUUCCUUGGAAGGCUGUACCCAGGUAAGGCAAGGAAAGGUAAAGAAAGAGCCUCCAGUCACCUGUCAAGAAAAAGCGAUGUCAGGCCUCCCUUCUACCAACCCUUCCAAGUUUUAAUCCACACAAGCAAAUGUGGAAAUAAUGGGUGAAGAGGGGGAGUGUGGGGAAGGGAGAUGAAAAUAGGACCUAAGAAUCUUGUUUGGGCCCUGUUUCCCAUACCCAGAGCAAACAAAAACCUUGCCAGGGCUCUGCAAACAUAUUUACCAAAGCACCCAUCUCAGGUUUAUCUGAAGGAUUCUGGGUGAGUCUUUUGCUGGUCUGGGUAGCAAAAGGAGGAGGCAGCUGUGAAAAUUUGUUCCUAAGCUAAAGGAAAGUCACUGGACCAAAAAAAUGAAAGGAGAUGGUUUUUGUUUUGAUCGAAUAGCUCAAGAUUUUGCUGCCUUCUCCUUUCUUGACCCCUUUGACCCAAGAACUGACACCUUUUCAGGCCUCAGAACUAGGAGGAGGAGACUGCAGGGGUUUUUAAAAUUUUUUUCUUGAGGGUAAUAAGCCAUAAUUGGUGAACAUUUGUCUUCAUUCCAUAAAAUUACUUUGAGAAGAAACCCUAUGUACUUGGGAAUUGUUUCUAAGUUUAUAGUUAAGUAAUAAAGUAUUUAUUUUGGAGUGAAGAGAUGUGUAUGGUGUUUUGGGGCCCCAGUGAUAAUAACUCAGUCCAAACAAUAUCAUUGGUCUAUAGACCCCCCCCAACACUCUUCCCCUUUCAAGUAAGACCAGUAUUUCCCUCCCCCUACUCCAUCUUUCUCCACUUUCUCAGUUUCAUUCCACUUUUCUUCUCCCUAAUGCUAAACUCUAUCUUGGCCUCAAUAUGGCCACAUCUUUUAACCACAUAGUUCUAUCAUCUUUGCACACCUUAAAUAGUAGUUCCCAAAUCUCAGUCCUAGGUUCUCUGCCCAUCUUUCCCUGUACACUUUUCCUGAGUGACUUCAAACUAUGACUCUAUUUACAACAGAAAGAAUAUUCUCAACUCUUUAUUCUAUAUCUUUCUUUGGAGAUCCAGAUCCAUUUAUUAAACUGACUCUUAAGACCCUUUGCUUCGUUGACUCUUGGGAAACUCACCAACCUAUAUUAAAUAUUUUCCCCAAAAAUUUCCUCCCAGGAUUUCACUACCAUCAUCCCUGUCACCCAAGGCAGAAUGAUGGGAAUCAUACUAUACUCUUCCUAUAUGGUUUGAGGUCUAAUAAGUCAUCAAGUCAUGUAAAUUUGGCAUUUUCAUUAUGUCUUGUUUUUAGUUCCCUCCAUUAUUACUACCAUUGCCCUUGUUCAGACUUUGAUCAUUUUCCAUCUUAAUUAAUGCAUAAAAGCUCCCCAUUCAUCUUCCUGGUUUUCCCCUAUCUAAAGUAUCUCUAGCACCAUUUCCAGAGUAAUCUUUUGGAAUAGCAAACUUGAUCAUGUCAAGCCCCAGCUUAGAAUUCUUUUAAGAACUUUGCAUGCCUCUUGAAUCAGGUUAAAAUUGGGUUGUUUUAUUAUUGGGCCCUCUCUAGCCUUGUCUUCUGCUUUUCCAUCGUCUGCACUCACUCCAGUCAUGCUAUUUCUGCUCUUCAUGUCGUCAUACAUGCUGUUCUCAUAUCCUAAAGUGCUACCCCCUUCUUCAUCCAGCAAACUCCUAGUCACCCUUCAAAACUCAAAGUAGUUGGAACUAGAUAGAGGUGAUAGUUGAACAGUAUUUUGAAGGUACUAAAUGCCACUGAAUUGUAUUCUUUAGUUAUGAGAGUGUUUUAUGUUAUGACAAUUUCACUUGUGUUUUUAAAAACUCAGAUUAGGCAUUGUCUCCUCCAAGAGCUUACCCUGAUUCCUCAAUAUGACUUAUAUACCUAUCCUGUUUAUUCAAUUUCUCCUCUGUGUAUUUC